AAUCUGGUGCCGCUGUUCUUUCGGAUUGCGUCACAAAACAGGCACCAUUGCCCUCUCGUUCAGCGGUCACUUCUGUCCAAGUGGCGUGCGUGGAACGACAGUAGCAGACUGGACAGAACCAUGACACUGGGCAAGGCCUCACCCACUAACAAGACUCCUGGUGACUCUUCCACUGGGCAGACCUCAGUGUCACCUGUUCCUCCCAGCUAUGAGGAAGCUACUGCAGGUGCACCAAAGAUGGAGGCUGGCACUAGUGAGUCUCGCAACAAUGAUGGUGAGAUAGUAACACAGUUCACUUGGGAUGAUCAAAACAUCCGAAGGGUCUUCAUUCGUAAGGUGUACACCAUCCUGUUCAUCCAGCUCUUGGUAACGUUCUCAAUCGUUUCUCUCUUCACUUUUUGUGAUCCCAUGAAGUACUACAUUCAAACAAAUCCAGGGUGGUAUUGGGCCUCUUACGCUGUAUUUUUCGUUACAUAUCUCACUCUGUCUUGCUGCACCGCACUGAGGAGACAGUUUCCAUGGAAUCUGAUUCUGCUUGCCAUCUUUACCCUCUCGCUCUCAUAUAUGACAGGGAUGUUGUCGAGCUUCUACAACACCAAGUCGGUAAUCAUGUGUCUGGGCAUCACUACUGCAGUCUGUCUGCUUGUCACAAUCCUCAGUUUUCAAACUAAGAUUGAUGUGACAGCAUACAGAGGAAUGCUCCUUUUAUUUUGUAUGGUCUUGUUCAUCUCUGGACUGGUACUUGCAGUUGUCCUUCCUUUUCAAUAUGUACCCUGGUUGGACACUAUUUAUGCUGUUUUGGGAGCUAUAUUAUUCACCAUGUUUUUGGCAUUUAACACCCAGCUCGUCAUGGGUAGCAGGCAGUACACUAUUAGCCCAGAAGAGUACAUCUUUGCCAUUCUCAGCAUCUACCUGGACAUCAUUUACAUCUUCUCUUUUUUCCUCCAAAUCGUAGGAACAAGGCAGGAUGAACUACUGUGAACUAUGGAAUAUCAGUCAGAAGUCGCACCCAGCAAGUCAUCUCUCAAAUACUGUUUUAUGGAGAUGAGAAAUAACACAGCCAGUUGAAACCCUCUCCUUGUUUGUGUUUACAGUAGCAUCUACAUGUUGUAUUACUACACAAUAUGCAAAGAUCACAAUAAUUAAGUCUUCUACACCAAAACCCAGGCCACUGCUGCCCUAGCCAGCCUUGUGCAUGAAAUAAUGAAGCCAACUCAGAGAGGAAAAUCAUCUAAUAUGCACUACAGAAAAUGGAAGAAUGGAUCGCUGUUUGUUAAUUCUGAUAAUUUGGUUAUGAUUGUGCCACUGUCAAAGAGUGUAUAUUUUAGGUAUUUUUCUUUGUCUUUCUAUGACAGAAGUAAUGUAUUAGUGCAAAGAAUUAUGUUUAUUUUAAUAUCUGAAUAAACUGGAGUUGGAUUACACUAUCUUGAGCACAGUAAAAUAUGUGAAUACUCAAUCUGAAUUUAAUUCUAUUGUUUUACAUUAUUAACAUGAAUGUGUACACAUUUGUUACUAAUUUGGUCUUCCACCCACAACAAUUAAUUAACCUUGAAUGACCUCUGAAGUUUGUUUUGAGGAUUUUGAUUCAAUGAUAGAGAAUUUAAAGAACGAUUUGACGCAUGUUUUGUUACCUACUGAGUUUCAAAUACAGGAUGUGAACAGUUAUGUAUUGUAACGUGACCAGAGCUGCUGCUGAUGAAAACUCUCACCCAGGAGCUUCAC